AUGCUGAAAUUGUCUGUUUUUAUUCUACUUCUCUUUGAUGUUUCUAUUCGUUUUUCGAAUUCCGUCGAAGAAGUUCCGGAAUUGAAAGAAAAUGGAGAGAAAUCAUCGUAUACUCAAUUCGAUUCUGGAACGAAAUUAGAAGUGAAUCGAGAACACAAAAGAGUUAUCAAAAUUGGACACAUCGGAGCAACUGGAGUGAUGCCAAACGAUGCGAGAAUUCUGAAUAUCAGUAAGGAAAGUCUGAUUGAAGAAGGACUUGUUGGAGAUGAUAUUGAGUUUGAGAUAGUAUCAAGACAGGCUUGCAGUGAGAGUUUUGAGGGAGUUGCAGUUGCUGCAGAACUGUAUCAUGUACAUCAGGUCAGAGCCUUUAUUGGACCGUACUGUGCAGCAGAAUUGGAAGCCGUCACCAAAAUGGCGACGUUCUGGAAUAUUCCAAUCAUUUCAUAUUCAAACAGAAGUGUGUACAAAACGUUGGCAAGAGUUUCUUCGAAGAAUACAAAUUCAAUUGCUGAGGCGACAAUUGCUCUACUUCAGCAUUAUAAAUGGUUGAAGGUGGCAAUUGCCACGAAUACAGGAAGUACUGCAUUCGAAAGAGUUUCUAUAUUCGAGGAGAUAAUGCAUCGAGUUGGAAUAACUGUUGUAAAGAAAAUAAUGUUUGACGAGAAUACUGAUGCGAAUGAAAUGGUUAAUUCUGGAAUGCUUGGUGAUCUGGCUAGUAAUGCAAGAAUUGUCCUUUGUCUGUUUUCAUCUACAAAAGAACUCUCAAAAGAAUUCAUGCAGGCCACUUACACUUUGGGAAUGAAUAAUGCUGAGUAUGCAUAUAUAAUUCCAUGGCUUCAAAGUGGAACAAAAGAUUCGACUCCGUGGAUUGGAGCAGAUGGAGAAAUGCUUCAGAGAGUUAAAGAUCACUAUGCGAAUGCUAUAAUUGUGGAUGAUGUCAAUGGAUUUGACGAUACUAUUGUCAGUUCAUUUGUCGAGAAAAUCGAGAAACAUGGACUUCAGAAAAAUGAUAUUGAUACGUCAAAUAUAAACGGAUAUCUUCACCUUUUUGAUUCUCUGAAACUGUAUGCGCUGGCAAUUCGGAAAGUUUUGAAUGAAACUGGAAAUGAAGCAUUUGUGACCAAUGGACAGUACAUCUGGAAUCGAAUGAGACGAAUGAGUUUUGAAGGUGUUGUGAGUCGUGCCAGUUCAGAAGAAAACAAAGAUGCUGGAGCAAUUGGUACUGUAUUAAUGGAUGACGUGGCCGAUCGUGCUCCUAUUUUCUCAGCAUUUUUCAUAUCUCCAAAUCGAGAUAAAGUGAUGAAAAUGGUGAAUAUGGAGAGUGAGUUGAUUGGAAAUUGUGAUGGAUUGAAGAACAAAAGUGGAUGUUUCCAACUUAAAAUCAAUGAUGUAAUAUCUGGUUUCUGGCCGAGUGAAGAUGGUUUAAUGCCUUUGGAUGAACCUGUUUGUGGAUAUCGUGGACAAAGAUGCAGUUAUCUUUUGGAAAUCAGUGUCGGAUCUCUGAUUAUUCUUUUGAUAAUCAUAUCUGUGAUAUUCUUUUUCCUCUUCCGAUACUGUGAAAACCGACAAUUGGAGAAAAUGCCUUGGCGUAUUUUCCAUAACGAUUUACAAUUUAUUGACGAAGAACAAGUCCGUUCAAUGAUGUCAGUUGGAUCAGUUACAACUAAGUUGAGUAAUAUGAAAACUGGACAAAAACAACACGCAAUUAUUGGAGUGAAUACUCAUACAACUUAUCAUAAAUAUCCACAAAGAAGGCCAAUUAAAUUUGUGAAAGAGGACAUGCAGUUGCUGACUCAGAUGAAACAAGCUGUUCAUGACAAUUUGAAUCCAUUCUUGGGAGUUGCUUUCAAUGAAAAAGAAGAGAUGCUUGUACUUUGGAAGUUCUGUAGCAGAGGAACAAUUCAAGAUAUCAUUUAUAAUAUGAACGUAGUUCUUGAUGAGAAGUUCCAUGGUGCAUUCGUCAGAGAUAUCACUUUGGGUCUCGAAUAUCUUCAUGCUUCACCAAUUGGAUAUCAUGGAUCACUCACUCCAUGGUGUUGCCUUAUUGAUAGAAAUUGGAUGGUCAAGUUGUCGGAUUACGGUAUUGCAAAUCCAUUGGAACGUUGGGAAAAACAAGGAGCAAUUAAUAUUACUGCAGUAAAGGAUUCAGAUGACAAAAGUCAAGCUUCUCAGACGACUUCAAUUCUCUACAUGGCUCCUGAACUUCUGAAGAAUCGAGAGACAAAUAAAAGAAGAGGAAUGGAUCAAUCAUGGGUGAAACAGUCAAUGGCAAGAAGACAAGCUGGAGAUAUUUAUUCAUUUGGAAUGGUCAUGUAUGAGAUUUUAUUCAGAAGUUUACCAUUCCGAGACAAUGUUAAUAUCAACGAACUGAUCGAUUAUUUGGCCGACGGAUCGAAGCAAGUGACGCCUGAAAUUCAAAAUCAAAUGGGUCUCCAUCCAGAUUUAAAUGCUCUUCUCAGAGAUUGUUGGAGCGAUAAUCCGGAGAUCCGCCCAUCGAUUCGAAGAGUUAGACUAAACACCGAAAUGGUUUUGAAAACAAAAGGAAGUUUGGUUGAUCAAAUGAUGAAAAUGAUGGAGCAAUACGCGAAUAAUUUGGAGAAAUUAGUUGCGGAGAGAACUGGAAUGUUGGAAGAAGCGAAUGUUCGUGCUGAUCAAUUAUUGACUCAACUUCUUCCUGCAUACGUGGCAAAUGAGCUAAAAAUGGGAAGAUCUGUUCCACCAAAACUCUACACAUCCGCUACUAUUCUCUUCUCGGAUAUCGUUGGUUUCACUACAAUUUGUUCAGGAUCAAGUCCCAUUGAAGUGGUUACAAUGCUCAACGGAUUAUACACAGGAUUCGAUGAAUGUAUUACUCGAAACAAGAGUUACAAAGUGGAGACUAUUGGUGACGCCUACAUGGUUGUAUCUGGAAUUCCAGAAGAAAACGGAAACGAGCACUCGAAGAAUAUUGCCAAUACUGCAUUGGACAUGCGUCAGUACUUGACUGGAUAUCAAAUUCCACAUCGUCAAUCUCAUCGUGUUCGUUGUCGUUGGGGAUUCCAUACUGGGUCAGUUGCUGCUGGAGUUGUUGGAUUGACAUCACCUCGUUAUUGUCUAUUCGGUGAUACUGUAAACGUGGCAUCUCGAAUGGAAUCAACUGGAACACCCGGAAUGAUUCAAAUGAGUGAAGAUGCUCACAGUCAUAUUCGUUCAUAUCAUCCCGUUUUCUCAUGCACAAAACGUGGAGAAGUUCAAGUCAAAGGAAAGGGAACAUGCAGUACUUUCUGGUUGGAGGAUCGUGUUGGCGAUAAAUCGACUACAAACUACAUUAACAACGCUGAAGGCGUUUAA